AUGAAUUGCCCCUCGCGGACUGACGACACUCUCGAGAACCCAAGCUGGAAUCAAAGCCCACCGCCCUUCAGCCCAGACACCACUACACGGAAUGACUUUAAUGGUCUCGCCAAUUCCAGAGUACAUCGCAGACAUGCCAGUUCGGCCAAUGCAGCUGGAGAUGAUCCACUAUGCAUCGAUGACAGACCCAUCAGUCAGCAGGAUCAAGACCCCGGAAAGGAAAAGGUGCCAAGCGGCGAAGUGACCGCUGCGGACUCGGGAGGUGAUUCACCCCCGGGGAGCAGCGGGUCACCUCGCCACUCUUUCUAUACUAGCUUGAAGUCUUCUCCUCUGCACUGCGCUCAAACGCUCGUUAAAUUCGGCCGUUUUAUCGGACCUGGUUUUCUUAUCGCGGUCGCCUAUAUCGACCCCGGAAAUUAUGCCACCGAUGUUGCAGCCGGUGCAGACUUCAAGUACGCCUUGUUGUUUAUUGUUCUCCUGUCCAACCUAUUUGCGAUUUUGCUGCAGUCCCUGUGUAUCAAGCUGGGCUCUGUGACUGGUUUGAACCUGGCUGAAAAUUGCCGAGAGCACCUUCCGAAAUGGCUUGUGAUUUUUCUCUACAUCCUCGCGGAAGCGGCCAUUAUUGCGACUGAUAUUGCAGAGGUGGUUGGAUCAGCAAUCGCGUUGAACUUACUAUUGAAAAUCCCCUUGGUGGCUGGCUGUGCUAUCACACUAGUGGAUGUUCUUUUCAUUCUCAUUUUCUACAGACCCAAUGGGAAGAUGGUGGGACUUCGACUGUUCGAAUUCUUUGUCAUGGCUUUGGUAUUAGGUGUUGUUGUCUGCUUUUGCAUUCAGCUCUCUCUCGUAAAGAACCAGUCAGUUGGUGAAGUGUUCCGCGGAUAUGUCCCAUCUUCAGCUAUUGUUCAGUCAGAAGGUUUGUACCAAAGCUGUGGAAUUCUCGGUGCUACCGUUAUGCCACACUCCCUAUUUCUUGGCAGCGGCGUGGUUCAAUCCCGUCUUAAGGAAUUCGACGUCAAUUCUGGUUACGUGGAGACCUCUAUGCCUCUAGGGAGCGCCGAUGGCGAAGUCAAAUAUCGCCCGUCGAUCCAUGCAAUCCGCGGCUGCAUGAAAUACUCGAUCAUUGAGUUAGCGCUGUCACUGUUCACCUUCGCCCUGUUUGUGAACAGCGCAAUCUUGAUUGUCGCGGGUGCUGCUCUCUACGAUCUCCCUGGCGGAGGCAGUGCCGACCUGUUCGGAAUUCAUGACCUGCUCUCUAAGUCGAUCGCACCAGCUGCCGGUUUAGUAUUUGCUCUCGCCCUGCUACUCUCGGGUAUCUCCGCUGGAAUCGUGUGCACAAUUGCUGGUCAAAUGGUUAGUGAGGGGAUGCUGAACUGGACCAUCCGACCAUGGCUUCGAAGACUCAUCACCCGCUCGGUCAGUAUCAUUCCUAGCAUCAUCAUUGCUGGAGCUGUUGGCAAGGAGGGCCUUGACAGGACUCUGACUGCCAGUCAGGUUGCUUUGAGCGUGAUCCUACCGUUUGUCUCGGCGCCACUAAUCUGGUUCACUUGUCUCAAUCGCUAUAUGACCGUUCGGACCGAAGAAGCUUCCGAACGAGACGGAGAAGUCGAUGUAGUGACAGUUCCGAUGCGGAACAACCUAUUCACUUCGGUCGUUGCGGUUCUUGUUUGGAUUGUCAUCGUUGUGAUGAAUGUGGCCCUGCUGGUGCUGGUGGGACUGGGCAAAUCAUCUUAA